CUGUAGUCGUCAAGUCUCAAUUGCGUAUGCUCCGUCUCAAAGAGAUAAUCCUUCAUUAUUCGUACACUCUUAUAUGUGGUACGUGACAGAGAGUGUAUGUUCUUGAUUGAAUCCUCGACUUCCGACAAAUUUGACAGAUGACCGACUGUCAACAUUCGACAAGUUUGAUAAAGUGAGGAAAAUAAGCCGACAUGGAGGCAGUGCCGAGAUUGCCGAUGAUAUGGUUUCAACUAAAAGUCAGUCCAGAGCCGACUACUUUUGGUCCGAAGCUCAAACAGUACAUACAAGAUUUUUACAAUGAGGAACCUGAGUCAUACAACAGUGAAAUACAGCAGUUGGAAAACUUACGCUCGAUGGCAGUUAGAGCACCUCUCGACAUGGCUGGAUGUACGCUGUUAAAGAAAUAUUAUUGCCAGUUGCAUUUUCUUCAAAGCAGAUUUCCCAUGUACAAAGAUGGUCCUGCUGCAGUUACAUUUACGUGGAGAGACGCUUACGCAAAUUUGGUGUGUUCAUUGGGAAGCAUUCGUUUUGAGAUUAUAUCGAUUUUAUACAAUAUUGGAGCAAUGCACACCCAGUUGGGCGCACGGGCAGAAAGAAAUAGUGCAGAUGGAAUGAAAAUGGCAUGUACUCAUUUCCAAUGUGCAGCAUGGGCAUUCGAACACCUGAAAAAUAGUUUUCCUCAACCAUCUGGUAUUGAUCUAUCACCAGAAUUAAUGACAUUCAUGCAUCAGCUUUCCUUAGCACAAGCUCAAGAGUGUAUAUUGGAAAAGAGUAUGUUAGAUAAUCGCAAGCCGACGAUUGUAGCAAAAGUUGCAAAGCAAAUAGUAGAUUACUUUACUAUGGCUUUAACCACAUUGGAGCAAGGUGGAGGUGAAGAUGGAACUAUAUCCGAUACUGUUGGUAAUAAAAUUUAUAAGAGCUGGAAACGCUAUGUCAAAUUUAAAAAAGCGUAUCAUAUGGCUGUUACGUAUCUUUAUCAAGGUCUUGCUGCGGAAGAACAAAGAAAAAUGGGAGAGAGAGUAGCUUUUUAUAAUGCUGCAUUAACAUCUCUUAAUGAAGCACAUAUGAUUUACGAUUCUGCAAACGUUAAAGAGGAAAAAGCCGCAGUGGAAGAAUCGCUCACAUUUACCAAUGAUGUAAUUGAAGGCAAGAGAAAAGCCGCUAAAAAUGAGAACGAUUUUAUUUAUCAUGAAGAAGUGCCUGAAAAAGAAAGCCUUCCUACAGUGAAAGGCGCGUCUUUAGUUAAAGGAAUAUCGUUUAACAUAAAUGACCCAGAGGUAUCAGGACAAGAUAUAUUUGCAAGAUUUGUUCCUAUGAAAGUACACGAAGCUAAUUCUCUUUAUUCAGAAGAAAAAGCCAAAAUAUUACGUCUUAUCGGAGCAAAGAUUGAUGAAAAAGAUCAAUAUCUUAAUACUUAUCUUACUUCAUUGAAGCUAGAACAUAUGAAUUUUUGGGAUCCUGAUACGCAAGCUUCGGAAUGGGAAUGUUCACCUCUCCCAGAAGAAUUACUCGAACGAUGUGCUGCGCUUAAUGCUAAACAACAUGUUAUUCAAGAUUUAGUAGAUAUUAUGGGAAAAUUAUCUGAAACAAGCCAAGAUGUAGAAAAAGUAUUAAAAGAAAUAUCAAAAUUUUUAUUGGAAGAGGAACAAAAAGAAAAGCAAUAUCAAGAUGCAGUAGGCAAAAGGCCACCAUCAAUAGUGGCAACAGAUUUAACUAGAGAAGCUAAGAAAUAUGAGGAAGCACACAACAAAGCUUGUGAGAGUAAUCAAGCCCUUCAUAAAGCAGUAACAAUGCACGUAAAAAAUUUAAAAAUUCUCGCGCAACCAUUAGCUGAUUUAAUGGCCCAAAUUCCUUCACCAAAUGUUUGCCUUGCAGAUCAAGGUUCUGAAAAAUCGCAAGUUAAAGAAAUAGAGAAAAUGCAGACUAAAGAGUUGAAACGUGUUUUAAAUAAAGUAGAUGAAAUGCGAAUGCAGAGACUUGAUUUGCUUACUAAAUUACGAGAUCAAAUUGUUCAAGAUGAUUUAACGCGCUUAUUGGUGACGGCUACAUCCGAAUCUGUUUCUCUGGAUCGUUUAUUUGCGGACCAACUUAACAAGCAUCAAAGUUUGGUGAGCUUGAUAGAACAAAAUCUUGCUGCACAAGAUAAUAUAUUAGCAGCUCUAACGGACGCAUAUGCACAGACUGCUAAUGUACGUAAAAGUGUGGAGGAAGUAUUGAAACGUAGAGAAAUGACUAUAUCUUCUUUAAUCAAUUCUUAUGACGCAUAUGAAGAUUUGCUAGCGAAAUCGAGCAAAGGCUUAGAAUUUUAUAGGAAAUUAGAAAUAAAUGUUUCAAAGCUAUUACAGCGAGUUAAAAGUACAUGUAAAGUACAAGAAGAAGAACGAGAGCAAAUACUUGCAAAGGACAAUAAGAAUACGUAUGAGAAAGUCGACGCAACAAUACCAUCAACUUACGAUCAAGCACGUCCUCGAUCAGGUAAUGGUCUGAAGCUGAAGGAUUAUUUGAAUAAUAGAGUGGAAAGCGGCACCGGUUAUCAAAAUCCAUAUUAUAACUUGUAUAAAGGACAUGUUGCAUCGAUGGAUUCGAAAUCGUUGACAACUGACAUGGGAAAUAAAAAUGUAAUUCAAUCUCCAAAUACAAUACCCAUAUCGGAAAUUCCGUCCUCGACUGUGAAGUCACCACAACAUUAUUAUCCUGCAACGUACGCUGAUUAUAGAACAAGCUCUCCAUAUUCGUAUGGUACACAGACUUAUUAUGAAAAUCUGGUUGCUAAUAGCAUCUUAAGUCAGAAUUACUUACCGACCACUACGAACAUUACGAAUGUGUAUCAACAACCAACACUAUCCACGUCAACUGCAGGCAUAUCUAAUUCGAGUGUACAAUAUCCUGCUAGUUCCUAUCUACCUAAUGGACAAACUCUACCCACAGCCACCAGCCAAGACAAAUUCCACGACGUCUCUUCUAAUUACAAUGUUUCCAAUACUUUGCAAUAUGACGCUUAUCAAUCACCAACGGGAUAUAACAGCUAUAACAUUACAACACCGUAUGUUUCCAAUCAAGAGACAGUUAAGAGCGGAAUGGCUGAGACGUCCACGCACAUUCAACCAGUACCGCAAAUGCCUGUUGUUUCUACCAUCGGAACUGCAGUAGUGAACAGCACCGUGUCGACGGUUGAUAGUCAAGGGCAAACUUCUUAUAACAUUGUGCAACAAACUCAAUUAUAUAAUAAUCAACAAAAGACAAUUUUAAAUCAAGAAAUGUUUCACAAUGGUCAAAACGCUGUUAGAUCUCAAGAAACAAUGCCAGUAAAGGACAAUACAUUGACACAGAAUUAUUCACUUCCUCAGAAUGCUCAAUCCGAAAUUACGUAUUCGCAAAACUAUCAGAAUACCACGUAUUACAAUCCAACAGAAUUACAAGCUCAGCACGUCCCGUAUACUCAAAGUACAUACGACACAACUGUCGUUCCUCCAACGCAAUACAUGCAAUCGCAGCAACCGAAUACGAGCAAUCAAUCUGUACAUUCUGUAUCAUCAACAAAUGAAGCCUCGGUGUCAUACUCUGCGAGUUUACACGCUGUUAAUUCUGUCCAGUAUUCACAACAAACCGGUAAAGAACCGAGUAAGCAGAAUUACACGGAUAAAACAUAUGCCGCAUACGGCACACAAGUACAAAUGAAUACUGUGGCUUCAAAUUAUCCAAAUACUUAUCAGAAUUAUCAGCAUGGUACCGCUGGUGCGCCGUACGAACAGACCAACAUGCUACCUGGGGACACGUCCAACACAUAUGCCUACAUAAAUAACUCGAGUAGCUCGGAAAUAAUACAGAGCCAUGCGAAACCGACGACGGUGCAAAGUUACUCACAAUCGUAUCAAUAUUCACAACAAGUUCCUUAUUCGGGAUACGUGCAGUAUCCAAAUUAUUCGCAAGGCCAAAAUUAUGCCUAUAUGCAAAAUGCACAUGGAAGCAAUACAAUGGCAUACACAUAUAAUCCUGCUAACCAGGCGCAAGGCUACACUUACGCAUCUAAUCCUCAAGGUACACAGACUUCUCAAACGUUGGAGGCGACGGUUUCAGUAACAUCCUCUGAUGUUAUGGUCAGUGGCAUUUAUCAGCAGCAAGAGAUAAAUGCACGAUACACGAACGCGGGCAAUAAUGCUGUGGUUAGUCAAACACUAUCCUCGCAAUACAGUCAAGUUUAUCAAUCUCAAACAGGAAAUGAUACGUACUACACCAUGCCUUAUGGUCUUCAAAUGCAGGGUCAAGAUCAUUCUGUUUCAGCUGGUUCAGUAACAAGACCUGAUAAUUACACUAAUUAUAAUCAGACAUACAUGCAAGCCGUCAACAAUGGAACAAACACAACAACAAGUGCUAAUCCGAUGAAGCUUACUACCAAAUCUGAGGAACCGAAAUCGAACGUCGAUCUUCUUUCUGAUCUCGACAUUACUAUAAAUCAUGCACCUCUUGUGCCAGAAGUGAAACCUCUUUCUACAGUACAGAAAAAAGAGCAAGCAAUAGCAGCUGACACCGCGGAAGAUGAUAAGGUAGAAAAAAGCGAACAAGAUAAAUCUUGUAAAACUGAACAAAAAGUUACAACUCCCACUGAAGACAAAAAUGAUCAUGAGAACUUACAAAUCGUAUGGGAUACAUGGUACAAUGAUGUUCAACCGAAAAAAGAUCCCCUAGGAGAACCAGCAGCAUUACAAAAGUUCAUUAAUGACGUUGAAAAAUACGAAAAAUUUGUAGAUAGUUUACUCGUAAAAACUUUAAGUGGAGCAACGAAUCUUGAUAUCAAAUGGAAAGAAGUUCAAGAUUUCGAAGAACGAGAAAAUGGAAAACAGUCUAGCACUGUAGCAUUAGCUCACUCGUCUGAAAAUCGAACAAUUGACUGUAUUCCAUAUGACAUGACACGAGUGCAAAUAUCGUCAUCAGAUGUUUCAUCAUACAUAAAUGCAUCUCACAUUAUGGAAAUCACACAGUGGAUACCUACAGCAUUUAUUAUAACUCAAACACCUUUAAUAGAUAAAUUAGAUGUUUUUUGGACAAUGAUCUGGGAACAAGAGAGUGAAAUUAUUGCAUGCUUAGCAUCUGAUGCUCAGUUGAAUGGAGAAUUAUAUUGGCCCAUAAGUGAAGAGGACAACUUAGAUAUAGGAAAUUUUACUAUUUCACUAAAAAAGAUAGUUAAUCAUACAACUUAUAUUCAAAGAACUCUUUCUAUUCAACAUAAUAAAAAGAAAUUUGAGAGAGUUAUUGUACACAUGCAAUUUCUUGUGUGGCCUUCAAAUGGUUUUCCGAGUAGUCCUGGCGCUAUACUUGCAUUUUCAAGCGAUGUAAUGACAGAACAGGCAUUAAGACGUUGUUCUCCUAAGCCGGUAAUUGUACAUUGUUUAGAUGGCGGUUCAUUAAGCAGUCUAUUUUUAGUAGCUGCUGCGACCGUAUGUCACAUACGAGCUGAUUGUGGAAUCGUAGAUGUACCAUUGAUUUUUAAAGGCCUUGCGAAAUGUCGCAAACAAGUCGUAAAUAAGGAAUCGUUAUUAUUUGCAUACAGACUCGUGUUGUACCACGCUCAGGAUAUCUUAAUGAAACGCGGUAUUUUAUCCUCUACUCGAGUCACAUUUGACAAUUUAGAUGGAUUCAAAGGGAACAAGGAGAAAACAUCGCGAAAAUUACAAUGCCAUCCUUCGGAUGAUUUUCUUCAUAAUCUCGGGGUGGGAAUGCAACGUUCUGAUUCUGAACAAUCAGGAAAAACACAAACAAUUUUAACAAACGAUAGCAUGUCGAAUAAAAGUUCAGCAUCACAAGAAAAAUCUAAUGGCAGAGUCAUUGAUCCCUUGAGUCAAUUGGAUCCUUUGUGGUCCAUCAGAAGAUAAUUACACAACGCUAGGAAUGUAAUUCCACAAUGCAGCUUUAAACGAUUAUUUAAACGAAAUAGGCAUUCCUAUCUUUGUUAAAGUGAUUAAAAAUAUCGAACUAGAAUUUUUAAGA